UAGUAAGUCAAAGAAGCUCUCUCUCUCUCUCUUUCUCUCUCUCUCUCUCUCUCUCUCUCUCUCUCUCUCUCUCUUUCUCUCUCUCUCUCUCUCUCUCUCUCUCUCUCACUGCCUCAUUCUUUCUUUCUCUUUCUCUCUUUCUCUUAUUUUGUCGUUCAUGAACCUUGAAGCCCUUUUCCUCGUUCAAAUUGUAUCCCAUUUCCGGAAGUUCGUCGAUAACGCAUGCGCCCUAACAUGGUAUUUCUUGACCCCCCUUUCUUCCUUCGCAUCUGCGCAUUUUCCAGGCCCGAGGAGAAUUUCCCUCACAGCCGACGAGGCUGUUUUCUCCCUACGUUCCCAAGAAUCGUCGCGUAGUUUCGUCGACCGUACGAGCGAACAAAUUUCUUCUCUGCGACUACGUACAAUCUUCUUUCGCAUUUCUUUACUCGUGAGUACUACGGAUGGGUAUUGCUUAAUUUUUCUUCCUAAGGAUGUACAAAACCGUGAGAAAAGGCGAUGCCAGUCUACAAUACAUGAUUUUACCACAAAGUGAUCAAUUCACUUCAAACGGAUUAUCACAGACAAAAUCGACGAUUCCGGCGAACAGAAAAUUACCAUUGAGACUCCUCAAGUAUAUGAUAUGCACGCUUUUGGUGGUCGUAUUUCUUUGCGUUGCAACGCGAUUCCUGAACAAUCAGAACGAUCACAAUCUCUUUGCCGGCACGAUACUGGUUAUGGGUAGGGUCGGCUAUGAAACAACAACAACAACGACGACGACGGCAACAGCGACGGCGACGGCGACGGCGAUGACGACGAUGACGACGGCAACAACGACGACGACCAGCACGUCGACGACCGGUAGUACGUCAACGACAACCGAAAACGCGUUGAAAAGUGAUAAGAUCAGCGAAGAAGAAGAGGAAGAAGAAGAAGAAGAAGAAGAAGAAGAGGAGGAGAUAGCCGAGAAAAAUAGAUACCAAGUUCCGAUCACGACGACGAGGCCAAGGACAACGACCAUGAUGAUAACGUCGACUAGUGCUUCUUUAAAAAAUAAAGAUUUUGAUGAUCGAACGAUGCCGAUCGAUUCAUUCAGGAAUGAUGAGUUUGAGCCUGCCGAUACCAUAUCUCCAGAGGACACUGUUAUGGAUGAAGCAAGAAUUCCGACUGAUUCGUCGAUGAAUACACGACAGACUAGUUCUUAUUCGAGUUCUCAAUCUUCCUCAUUCUCGACUCUAUCCUCGGAAUCCUCGAAGUCCAUGUUGAGUAGCAUCGAACCUUCGGAAAUGACGAAAACGUCCUCUGGAACGGCUAGGAAAGGAAAAAUGCCACGAGUGACCUUAAAGUUACGAGAGAACGAAACGAUACCACAAAUGUAUAUGAAAGCUGGGAUAGCUUCGUAUAAAAAAGGUAAUAUCACGACGAGCGUUCUCGCGCAUGGGCUAAGUCUAGAAGGUUUGAUCUUUAAAACACCGGAAGGAACGAUCAAGCCAUGGACACACAAGUGGUUUUUUUCUGACCCUUCUUCAGACUUUCAAUGGAAGGGUCCAAAUCAGAUGCCAAUGUCGAUGUACAUCCUUCUAGCAGGAUUGGCAGGAUUAGCGAGUCUGAGCAUCAUCUUAAUGUUUUACGUUCAACGAAAGGCGUCACGACGGCAACGGCACGAUGUUGAGGAACCAGAAACGGAAGUACAGGAAGAGGAUAAAUCAACGUUGUUGGGCACUGAUUAUCACGAGAUCGAGGACAAGGAAUAAUUAAGAAACGAUCAGAAGAAAUUUCGAUGAUUGUUGACCUCGCGACUGAAAUUUCAACUAAUUUUUUAAAGGACGCAUUUCUUGACCGGAAGACGCACACAUGACGACGAUGACGAUUUUAGAAAGAACGAGAGAAAGAGAGAGAGAGAGAAAGAGAGAGAGAGAGAGAGAGAGAGAGAGAGAGAGAGAGAGAGAGAAAGAGAGAGAAUAUAGAUUUUCUAAUAACUAUGUCUACCGCGUUUAGAAUACUAACAGGACGAAAAUGAGAUUUGAAAUCUUUCAAUCUCUUUACUUUGACGAUCUUAUUGAGACUGGAUAAGUAAUAGUUAUUGAUAUUUUUCCGAUAUAUUAGUUUAGUUAUUCGUUUCGUUGGAUCUUUCCACGAAGAGUACUCAUUUUCUUACAACAAAUAUUACAAUGUUUUUCUAUAUUUUAUAAAUAAUAACAUUUUCGAUUUCCAACGGAACGAAAGAAACGUACAUGUGUAUCGUACGCGUAUGUAUGUAUGCGUACGUUAGCGGAUAGAGCAUACGAUUCCGUAUAAAAAAUAAUGUUCGAUGUGUUUUCGAUAAUAAAAUGAGAUAAUGAGAGUAGACACGAUGAUUAAAGUAAAGAAAAAAAAAAAGAGAAAAAGAAAAGAAAAAAGAAAA